UAGUAAGAGCUUCUUACCAUACUAAGAGAGCAAGAGAGGUAUUUAAUAGUCUUUAGAAAUGGCCAUCUCAGGAGUCGUGAAAUUUACUUGCUUUUUUCUGGUCUGCAUGGUGGUGGCUUCACCUUAUACUGAAGCUGCCAUAACAUGUGGGCAGGUGGUGAGUAAGCUAUCACCAUGCCUCGGCUACUUGCGCAACGGUGGCACUGUGGCUCCUGGUUGCUGCAACUCUAUUAAGGCCCUCAACGCCGCCGCGAAAACCACCCCUGACCGUCAGGCCGCUUGUAGUUGCCUCAAGUCUGCUUACAACUCUGUUUCUGGGAUCAAGCUAGCCUUGGCUUCCGCACUUCCUAGCGCUUGUGGUGUCAACCUCCCCUAUAAGAUCAGCCCUUCCAUUGACUGCUCCAAGGUGAGGUGAACUUGAGGCUUGGGAGAUAUGUACUGAAUAUUAGAAGAAUAAAAAAGGGCAGUGAGUCAAGCAGGGCACUACCUUGCUUGAGGGAAUGCCAGCCUUGUGGCUUUUGGAUAUGUAUUCUCUAUGUUUGUAGCAUUGUUAUUGUAUAUUUAAUGAAUGUAGUAGUUAUAUUUAAUUAAUUAUGUUUGGCUUGUCUA